AUGAAAAAAUAUGGGAAUGCCCUCCCCUCGAUGGAAUUCUUGCCAAUAUGCAUCGAGGUUCUCGGCCCGAUGGACCCCAACACCCUUAAAUUUCUUAAGGCAAUGUGUAAAAUGAUCAGCGUCAGAUCAGGCGACAGCAGGGAACUGUUUUUCGCAACUAACCACAUUUCGGGCUUGUUGCAGCGACCUGUCUACCUGCAUCCACUUAAGAAGUUUCAUAACUCUCCCCCUUUUAUUAAACCAUGCAUAAUCCACAACACACUCGCCAUUCUUCCCGUUCACCCCACCGGAGUUCGUCUCCUCUCGACCUCCACCUACGAACGUGAGCACGUGAUCAAACUGUUCGAUGACGUCACGGUGGAGUGUGCGUUCGAGGGUGUGGAUGACGUGGUGUUCAUGCACAACGGAAGUCUUAUCGGGGGACGGGGCUAUGAUGGACUAGAAGCUCCUGUUAGCGUGACGACCAGCAGACAGCUGCAAAUCAGCAGUCUGAAUGUCAAAAACGCCGGUGUCUACACGUGCGUUGGGGUUCUGUACGACCAUAAUAAUAAUAAUAAUAAUAAUAAUUAUAACAUUAAUAAUGGAGAUUUUAAUAACAAAGAAAUUCCUGAUGAAAUGAAAUUUCAUUUGAACGACAUCAACAACAACAAUAACAUCAACAACAUUAGCAACAACAACAAUAAUAAUAACAACAACAACAACAUCAACGACAUUAUCAACAAUAACAACAACAACAACAACAGCAAUAAUAAUAAUACAAAUAACAACAACGUCAACAACAACAGCAACAUCAAUAAGAAAAUUAGCAACAACAACAUCAACAACAUCAACAACAACAGCAGCAACAACAACAACAACACAGAACAACGCAAACACAGCAGUUACUUUAACUAUAACAUCAGAAGAAAUAUAGGGAUUCAUAAUAAUAAUAAUAUUAAUAAUAAUAACUACAACAGCAAUAACAACAACAAUAUUAGCAACAACAAUAUUAUUAAUAAUAAUAUUAGCCCAAUAAAAUAUCAAUUGAGUUACACAACGACGAUUCAUGUUGCAUACUUAGACUCUUUCAGCAACUCGUCCACCCACCCACCACCCUCCUCCACCUACGUCAUUGGGGUCAAAGGUCGUGUGGAGGUCACGUGUUACCCGCCGCAUGGACUGCCCUGUCCCCACAUUUUCUGGCUAAAUCCGUCCAAUGAGAAGUUAGGUGAGGAAGGUCGAGUGAGGUCUAGCACUUCCGGUCACAUGAUCAUCGAGUCAGCUGAGGAGAGGGACGCGGGCUGGUACACGUGUGUGGGGCAGAAUGUCGUCGGGAGGAGGCAGGUCAAAGUUCAACUCUUCGUUACUGUGCCGCCGAAAGUUCAAAGGUUAUCCUCAGUGGUGACCUCGCAUGAAGGUCAAGCCGUGACCUUGGAGUGCAAAUAUGUGGGCAGUCCUUUGCUCUACACUGAAAUCAGCUGGAAGAUGGAUGGACAAAUUAUGGAUGUCGGUGUUGAUGAUGAUUUAACUCUGAUCGAGUCGAAUACCGAUCGGUUCGAGGUACAUCGCAACAAACUGACCAUCCUACACGCCCAGCCCUAUGACGUAGGCUCCUACGGUUGCAUCAUCGUGACGCAACAGCAGACGCCUGUCAACCUCCACAUUGCUCAACUUUACGUCAUCAUGAAACCAUUCUUCACGAUACUGCCUCAGAACAAGACCGUUCUUGAAUCUGACCCCCUCAUCAUUAGCUGUGACGCGGAGGGCCUGCCAAUGCCCAGUCUGGAGUGGGUUAAAGGUUAUGGGGCCUACUUCGUAGAUGACCAUCGGAUCAAGAUUUUAAAGAAUGGGUCUCUCGAGAUAAAGUCAGUACGGUAUGAAGAUGUCGGAUGGUAUAGCUGCCAUGGUGUCAGUGAAGUUGGUGCUGUUGUACAAGAGUUCUACAUUGAUGUCGUUGCCGUCAUCGUCAUCAUAACCGUCAUCUGCUCGGUUGUUUACAUCAUGGCAACGGUUGCCAUGGUGAUCUGUUGCUUAGUGACGAGAAGGAGGCGGAAGAUGAAGAUCAUGAAGGAGAUACAAAACAUGCACAAUGUCCUCAUAACGGCAUCGUCGUCAUCGUCACCAUCAUCGUCGCUGUCUUCGCCACCGUCAGCGUCUACUGCAGCUGUAGCAUCGACGACAUCAACUACAAACUCGGGCGCUGUCAAGCAACCAAUAAACUGUUACUUUUCAAUGAGGCAAGCAAACUGCUCGGUGGGAAAUCAAACCCUGUCAUAUGAUAGGCUGGUUAACAACCAAUCAGAUUGCAGGAUGUAUGAACAACGUCUGCUAGAAGAACACGGACUGGAUAUCUUAUCUUACAUAGGUGAAGGUUGCUAUGGUGAUGUUCUUAUGUGCAGGCUAAAACGUGACAAAUCAUCACCAUCGUCGUCAUCAUCACUAUCUCUUGUGAUGGUGAAGCUAGUAAAUAAUGUAAACAAUGUGAUAGAUGAGGAGAAUGAUGAUGAAGAGGACGACGAAUCCGGAAGCGGUAGUGGGGUAGUGCAGGAUUUUGAUGGUGAUGGAGGACAGAUCAGUUUUGGUGAUGAUGGUGAUGACAACAACAACAUUCAAAAUGAUGCUGCUGAUGAUGAAUGCAAUGAGUGUGAUUACAUUAACUGCGAGCUUAAGAACUUUAAACAGAAGAGUGAUCAACAACAACAUCAACAACAACAUCAGCAGCAACAAAAACAUCAACAACAACAACAACAUCAGUGCAAUGAACAACAUCCAAAACUACAUCAACAAAGUUCAUCACAUCAACAAAUUUUUCCACCCACUAACUCCCAACAGCCAUCUUAUAGAACUCAACUGAACGUAGUGAGACCAGUUUUAAACAAUAGAUGUAACAUUAUUAAUGUAAAAAACAACAAUAACAGCAUUAACACACUGGGCGAAAACUCAUUCAACAACAAUAUUUACGACAUUAAUGAUAUUUUCAGCGGCCACAAUUGUUCCAACAACUGUAGUCUCACAAAUAAUUCCAACUCUAAAGCUAAUACAAUCACUGAGAACGGUUACAAAAGCAACGAUUCCAUUCCAUUACAUAAUAAAGAUCAACAGACUUUGCGGCAACAUACUUCACAGCAACUACGUUUGCAGCAACAGCACCAACCGCAACCACACCAACCGCAACCACACCAGCAACGACAGCCACAACAGCCGCAACCACACCAGCAACAACAGCCACUACCACUUCUUCAACGACACGGCGAUCGCUUUGCGUUGAAACCAAAUAUUGACGGACACUUAACAGGCAGACGACAUCCACUUGCGUCAAUAUUUUUAGAGCCACAGCAGCAGCAGCAGCAAAUUUAUCUCGAGCCACAAGAUCAACAAAAUGACGACAGCCAAACCCAAGGAUAUCGCCUGCACUAUCAGACCCAGCAUUCUCCACACCUCCAACAUUUCAGACAGGAACCUGACAACUACUACGAUGAACCAUACAGCGAAACCUCGCGAUUUUGUACUAUUAACAACAACAACAACAAUAGUAACAAUAAUAAUAAUAAUAAUAAUAAUGUCAACAACAACAAAAACCACAACAACAACAACAGCCUCACAAACCCGUAUCAUAGCCUUCAUCAAUUGCCACUAACAUUCAACCGUUUUCAACAUAUUUCUGGCCUCUGCGAAAAUUCCUCGCCGACGAAAGUUACAUCCCUUCAUAAUUUCUCCACAGCACAACCAUCCAAACUUCCGUCAUCAUCUGCAACUUUGAAACGUGUGGGCGUCAAUAUUUUCCAGAAAAGGCGAAUGUUUGAGGAUGAAGUUGAGCUGAUGAAACUGACAAGAGACAGUACAUUUUUCGUCCAAAUGUUGGCCUACCAUACAAAUUUUAUCGCUGUGGAAUAUCCAACUAAUGGCAACUUGAGAGACUUCUUAAAGUUCUUCAUUCAGGAGCACCGCCUUCCACAGAUGCCAACCAUCCUGACCGUUGACAGACAGCUUCAUUUCGCACAUCAAAUUACUAUUGGCAUGCACUAUUUGACCCAGAAAAUAAACAACCAAUCAGACGAUAAUCAGGAAAGUAUGGCGUCCAAUAGACUGAAGCCUUUCAAAUUUUUAAACGCUCGUAAUGUGGUAGUUAGCGCUUCAUUGGAUGUUAAAAUAUGUCUACCGUCUGCUUGCUAUGAUGAUAAAGGAAACCUAGAUGAGGACCACAUUAUGUUGAAUGGUGAGAUUCUUCCUCUGAGAUGGACCUCACCAGAGCUCAUCCAUCAGCUCAUCUCUUCCACAUCAUCACAUCUUCAAACAACAAAUCUAUCACCCCUGCCAUUCUCAUCGUCAACAUCAUCACGAGAGAUGACGUCAUCACAGCUACAUCCACAUUCCAUGAUUGGUCGACAACCACAGCAAGCAGCGGCUGCUGAUUGGAGCAGCGAUGUUUGGUCACUGGCUCUUCUUUUUGUUGAAAUUUUUACUUUCUCGGCCAAACUUUUUCCGAAUUCAUCGGAUGACGAGGUGUUGACGGAACUGUUCAGUCUUCGCGAAAUGUUUCAUUCAUCAUCUCCAGAAUCCAGAUUCACAUCAGCACCUACCAAAACCUUUCCACAGUUUGCAACAUCGUCACCACCAUCAUCGUCGUCAUCAUCUUCCUUGCCAUCAUCCACAUCGCACGCAGUUCAGACAGCAUCCAGGCUAUCUUCAUCCUUACUAUCUUCUACAUCUUUUGAGCAAACCCAUCAAAAUCAACUUCAGGGAGGUUACCAUCAUUUCAAGCAUCAAAUUCAUCCAAACGUUGAUGCUGGGAAUUCACAGCUGCAACCCAAACGCCACCGUCAACAACUCCAUCCAGUGGUGCUAAUCUCAUCGCCAUCGACCAAACAAACAUCAGUUUCAUCCACAGCCACAUCUGUGAAUCUUUCCUCUUCAUCAUCUCGCCUCAGACUAUCAUGUCCGCUUGGAUGUCCUGACGAAUUGUGGAACCUUAUCGAAAGAUGCCUCUCGCUACCUCCUCAAUAUCGGCCUAAUUUCAACGACAUCUCCACAGAAGUUAAAUACAUCUCGAAUAUUUUAAAAAGUGAUUGAUUAAUUUGAGUGUGCGCGCGUAUAUGUGUGUGUAUCUGUGUGCGUGUGUGUGUUUGUGUGUGGUGUGAAGCAUUGCAGAUCUAUGCAGAAGUAUUUUAUGAUUUUAUAUUAUAUCAUACUUUUAUAUGACUGUUGAGUUUACACAACUUUUUGUGAAAUAUUUUACUGUUAAUAUUUUGUGAACAAUUUAAAAAAAGGCCUCAAUUUUACAUAUUCAAAUUUUUUGAAAACGUCAAAGAAUAAAAUUCAUUGUCAAAGUUCAAGUUUUUCAAAUGUUUUUUGUGUGGCAAUUUGCUGCUCGUCUCACGAUUUCAUAGUUGAGUAUGAAUGUUUGUUCAUGAAUACAAAUAAAUGAACCAGUAUUCGAUUUUUAAAAUUUUCAAUUUAAUAGCCAUUUUUUUCAAAUCGAAUGUCAUUUUGUAAAUGUUCCUUCUAUAUCCUCUUCAUUCUCGCCAGCGUUUUUUUACUAUUAGCUCAUUGUCUUGGUGUGCUUAUGUUUUCGUUAUCUUUCUGUUGUACGUUAAACUUUGUAGAAGUCGUUACGAGUUGGUUAGUCUGCUUUAUAUGAAAAUAAAAUGUUCU